AUGAGCAAGAAAUUGUUAAAAAGAAAGCCGACAAGUUGGCCGUCGGAGAUUGAAUAUUUGACUAAUAAUAUUUAUGAGCCAGUUUCUUUGAAACCAGAGCAAUAUAGUUUGCCGUUGGCAAAAGAACACCCGAGUCAUCCUUUCACCUCCUCACCUUUACCUCCGGUCGCGUCCGAUCCAGCAAUGCCUAAUUCCUGGGUUAAGAUUAAAUCUUUAAAAGAACGAAAAGACCACCCAGCUUUUCCAGGUUGUGGACUAUUUGCGACAAAAGAACUCAAGGAACCUUGUCUUAUUAUUAGUUAUACUGGUAUAGUCACGACAAGAACAGUUGGAGGCGAAGAAAGUAGUGAUUAUGUUUUAGGAUUUGGCAGUCAACUAUGUAUUGACGGUUUGAAAAAAGGAAGCGAAGCAAGAUUUAUCAAUGAUUACCGUGGAAUCCUUUCAAAACCAAAUGCAGCAUUUCACGAAUACAUUGACUCUCUAAGUGGACAGCUCAAAAUGGGAGUUUGGGUCAUGCCAGGAGUAGGAAAAAUUAAAAAAG